UGUUCUCAUGUUCUCUUUCCUCUUGUGUGCAGAUGCCUGUGAGCUCACACUGGACCCAAACACCGCACACAGAAAACUCUCUCUCUCUGAGAGGAACAGAAAGGUGACACAUGUGAGUAAGGAGCAGCCGCAUCCUGAACACCCAGAGAGAUUUGACGGCAGGUGGCCUCAGGUGUUGUGUAGAGAGGGCCUGUCUGGACACUGCUACUGGGAGGUUGAGUGGAGUGGGAGUUUUGGAGCUUGUAUAUCCGUGGCCUAUAAAAGCAUCAAGAGGAAAGGGGCGAGUGAUGACGUCAUCAUGGGACAGAAUGCCAAGUCCUGGAAUCUGAGCUGCUCUCCUCACAGUUACUCUGUCAGCCACAAUAAUAAACGGACUGAUAUACCUGCCCCCUCCUCCCGCUCCAGAAGAGUAGGGGUGCACCUGGACUGGCCGGCCGGCACUUUGUCCUUCUACAGCGUCUCCUCUGAUACACUCACCCACCUGCACACGUUCCACUCCACAUUCACUGAGCCCCUCUGUCCAGGGUUUUGGACUGGCUCCUCAGUGUCCCUGUGCCAGAUGACAGAGGAGAGAGGAGGAUCAUCAAUCAGUGUCCAUGACAACCGUCUCCCAGUGAGCCAGACUGCAUGA